AACGGAUGGAUCGCGCGCGACGUUCAUACGUUACCGUGUACGUGUUAGUCGAUCUGUCUCGGCGCCGCGUCUCGAGGUCUCGCGUACGAACCGGUUGUCAACGAUGUCAAGGUACUUCCCUUGAGCCGAUCGGUCACUGAUUCGACGGUGAAAACGCCGGUACGCGAGCGUAUUUUGAGAAAACGGAGCGGUUUUUUGCGCGCGCGACGUGACCUGCGGCGUUCGUCCGGACGGAAAGGAAGGCGCCACCGUCGACCCAUAAUAAUGUAUAGUACAUAGAGAGCAGACGACGCACUCGAAUUGAACUGUCAACGUACCAACAUGGCGUCCGCAAUGUCCUAAUGAGUCUUCCGAAGUAUAUUUGAUUGUCUCGUAUGCGAAAUAUAAGAGUCGUGUUUUGUUACGGAGGAGAUCUCGAGAAUAAUUCUAGUUGGCGAGAGAUUAUCGGUGGAAAAUCGUUCUGACAUUCGCACACAUUUCCAGCAAACGUGGAUAAACGUUGUGUCUCCGGGCUUUAAUUUCGUUCAUUUGUAUUUCUUUCGUUUUUCAAGAAAUAUUUUACGCUUCUUCAUCCACAUACAUGCAUAAGUGGUACCUUUGCUGAUGGAUGACGAUGCAAUUACUUUUGGGGAGGAAGAGGAGACUGGCCAAAAUGCCAACAAACUCAAACAUCCAUAUGUUACACUGUUCCACUUGGCCUUUAGGAUAGCAGCUAUAGUAGUUUAUAUGCUUUGUGGUUGGUUUUCAAAUAGCUUUAUAGCGAGUUUUGUAACAGUGGUACUACUUUUAUCAAUGGAUUUUUGGACCGUUAAGAAUAUCACGGGAAGAUUAAUGGUUGGCCUCAGAUGGUGGAAUUAUGUGGAUGAUGAUGGCAAGAGUCAUUGGGUGUUUGAAUCUAAAAAGGGUGCACAACAGAACCGCAUUAAUGCAACAGAGGCUCGAAUCUUUUGGUUGGCGUUAAUCUUGUGUCCACUUUUUUGGUCUAUAUUAUUCAUUGUUGCAUUGUUUGGUUUUAAAUUCAAGUGGCUUUUACUCGUCUGCAUUGCCAUUGUUUUGAAUGGUGCAAAUCUAUAUGGCUAUGUUAAAUGUAAAAUGGGAAAUGAUAAAAACAUUUCAGCAGCCACCAGUGAUUUCAUCAGAAAACAAGUGUUACAAAACGUUACUUCAAUUAUGGUCAGGAGUCCUCCAACGAAUAAUUCCAAUCAACCAACUAAUGUAAUAUAAAUUUGUAAAUUUAUAAACACUAAUGUGUGUCAUCGCAAAUUCAUAUAUAUGUCCGACAAUUUAAUAAAUAGUUGUGUAUAUAAUAAUGUUAAACAGUAUCUUUUAAGUAUUCUAUAAAAUAAAUCUUUAUAUAUAAUCAUUCUAUUAUAAUAUUUUAAUAGGAUUUUAAUGGGGUGUUUCCUGGGAUGUCAAAGGAAAUUAAAAUGAACAUUUAUAUUAGAAAAGCCAAGUUUACGUUAGUACUAGUUUAUUAAUGCCGCGAGGCAAUACAUAAUGUACACGGUAUUUUUCCUUGUCAACAGACUCUUCCUAUUACACAAUAUUUAUUUUGUAUAGUUGUUAAUUAGUAACAUUGCAUUUAUCGUCAGUUUA